GCUUUUAAAUUAAUUAGACUAUUUAUACAUUGGAAUGUUAACUACAGGCUUUUAAAGCUUUAAACAAAAUGUUUUAUUGUGCAAUUUAGGAAACACAGGUCAGCUUCCUCUGUUUCUGGUAAUAUUUAAUUCAGUACAACCUGCUUCAGUUAAGAAAUUAGGGAACUUAAGAAAAGUCUGAUAUAAAUCCCCCAAAUGAAUUCUGGUUAAAGAUAGGAGUAACUCAUAAAAUAUGCAUGACAACCUUCCUAGUGGUAGCAACACAAUAAAAAUUUCUGAAUAUACUGUUAAUUGCUGAAUAUUUUUUAAUAAUGCAAAGAUCUAAUGUGCUGCCUUCACCUUCUAAUCGACGAAGUCUCCCAUACUAUCUGCAGCCAGAUUAUAAAAUUCAUGAGUUUAACAAACGCUUACAGCAUGGAGCUAUGAAAGUUGAGCAGUUAUGGUGGGAUGAACUUAUCAAUGAAUUUUUUGAAGACAUGUCAACUCUUACAGUCCAUUUUAAAGAAAAGAGUCAUGUGAGGAAAUACACAAUUCAUCGACGUCUUAUACCACGCUUUUUUCGAAGUUUGUUUGAUGGAGGAGUAGCCAAAAUUUUCUUUAUGGUUCUGGAAACUAAAGAAAAUCUGUUAAAUUCAAGUGUAACACUGGAAUGUAAACAAUCAUCAAUGAUUGUUAGUUACUCAAAGCCGAAUGCUACAAAGGUUCAUGUUGAUGGUAAUUUAUCUAUUGAAUUUUCUUUUGAUGAAUAUAUGCGUAUUCGUAGCUGGAAGUUUAUAGUUAAGGAGGUCUUAGAAAUGGUUCCUAAAUCACAUGUGCUAAAUUGUGCUGCAGAGAAAGCAAAGUUAGAAGAAAUAACAAAAAAAAUUACUGAAUUUGGUUUUUCACCUGGUGCUGUUCAACAUUUAAGGAUUGGUGUUGUUCUUGAAUCUAUGCAAAAGUUGAUGAGUCGACAAAAAACCUUUGGUUUAAGUCCUAGAGAUGCUUUAAAAAGUGUUGUUUAUGAAAAUUGGCAGUCACAUCUUUUAAAUCAAGAUUAUGAACAGCGAACAAGACUUUGGUCUGGAGUUCCUUAUGACCCUGUUCGAGCUGCUUCUGUAACUAACAAAAGGAGAAAACCGCGUAAACCUCCUUCAGCUGAUGCAAAAACUAGCAAAUCAAAGAAACUGUUAUCAAGUAAUGCAAUUCCUCCUCAUCCGAAUCCUGAAAUCCUAUUGGUCGAUGAGCCGAUUCUAAUGGGGAAAUUCGACGACGAUGAGCGAAUCAUAACGAGGUUAGAAAAUCCGACAUUCAUGAACGUUAAGAGCGGCUCCUCGAAUAAUAUACACGUGUUUCAAUCUUCCAAACAUCGAUCCCACGAAGACUGUUUAGAAUAAUGUUUCUAAACUUUCGUAUGUAGAUAGAGAUUUAUAAUUUUUUAAUAUACAUUUAUUUAUCACAUCCAAUAAAAUAAAACUUGUUUUUUAUAAAAAUUACAUUAUGUUGAGUAUUUUAAAUGCUUUAAAAUAAAAUUUCUAAUAAAAGGCUUUGAAAUAAAAGUUUUGAUAAACGGGUUUGAAAAGACGAAAACUGAAAAUUUAGAUUCUUUUACUACUCGUAAUGUUUGCGUUUUAUUACCCUUUUUUUUAAUCAUUUUAAUUUAAUUAUUUGUAUAUAUUUUUAUUAUUUUCUUUACAUUUUUUUGAUGAUAUUCUUCGUUUUUCAGAUUAUUUAUUAUUGAACUCAUGCAAGAAAAAUAAAUGAACUCAAGAAAUAAAGACUAUCUUUGCAAA